AGUGUGGAGGCAAGAGUAAACUAGCUUGGCUCUAGAAAACAGGGGGCUAUCCAGGCGGUGGAAGGCAUUGCCCAUACCCCGGACCAAGACACUGGGAAAACUGGUCGAUAUGUGCUGCAUGCCCCAGGCUGGACGAGCAGCGUUAAGAGCGUGCCAGUCUCUUGGGCCUUGGAUGGGUCCAUAUCAGUGUCCCCCUCAUCCGUGGGACAGGCCACCGACUUCAGCCUGCCCAGCCUCUGACUCAUCCCACUGGUGGCCCUGGAAUUCUACACCACCCUACUUCCCCCCUUCGUGGUGAUUGCUGGGAAGUCCCUCCAUAAGUCAAACCUAAGGUCCACAGAGGGUUGCUGAGACUGCCGAGGGAAGUUCACAAAGUGUUCCCAAUACCAGGCUUGGUGGCAGCCACUUCUCCCAGGUUCCUGUUUGUCUUCGCCUCUCCAGAGCUGCUGGGACUACAGGUGUGCGCUCUGUGCCCAGCCCAGAACUCUGACAACCAUGGCUCCAAAACGAAAGGCUGUGAAGCAGACUGAGAGUCCCAAGAAGAAGGGACGUCAAGGGACAGGAGAGGAAGACAACUUCUGCUCCGUGGCUGAGGCCCUCAGGGCUGCACCCAAAGAGAAGCGUGUAAUCCGCGUGGACUCCACUUGUCCACUCAGCAGCAACGCCGGGACCCAGGUGCAUGAAGACUAUGACUGCACCCUGAACCAGACCAACAUCGGAAGAAACAACAACAAGUUCUACAUCAUCCAGCUACUGGAAGAGGGUGGCAAGUUUUUCUGCUGGAACCGCUGGGGCCGGGUGGGAGAGGUGGGCCAGUCAAAGAUCAACAACUUCACCUGCCUAGAAGAUGCCAAAAAGGACUUUGAGAAGAAAUUUCGGGAGAAGACUAAGAACAACUGGGCAGAGCGAGACCACUUUGUGGCCCACCCUGGCAAGUACACACUUAUCGAAGUACAGGGAGAGGACGAGACUCCGGAGGCCGUGGUGAAGGUGGAUGGAGGCCCACUAAGGAUUGUGACUAAGCAAGUGAAACCCUGCUCCCUGGACCCUGCAACCCAGAAGCUCAUCACCAACAUCUUCAGCAAGGAGAUGUUCAAGAAUGCCAUGACCCUCAUGAACCUGGAUCUGAAGAAGAUGCCCCUGGGAAAACUGAGCAAACAGCAGAUUGCACGAGGUUUUGAGGCCUUGGAGGCACUGGAGGUGGCCUUGAAAGCCCCUACGGAUGGUAGCCAAAGCCUGGAGGAGCUCUCCUCCCACUUCUACACUGUUAUCCCACACAACUUCGGUCGCAUCCGGCCCCCGCCCAUCAACUCCCUUGAGCUUCUUCAAGCUAAGAAGGACAUGCUGCUGGUGCUGGCAGACAUCGAGCUGGCCCAGACCCUGCAGGCAGCCCCUAGGGAGGAGGAGAAAGUGGAAGAGGUACCACACCCUCUGGACCAGGACUACCAGCUCCUCAAGUGUCAUCUUCAGCUGCUGGACUCUGAGGCUCCUGAUUACAAGGUAAUACAAAACUACUUAAAACAGACUGGCAACAAACACAGAUGCCCUGUUCUGCAAAACAUUUGGAAAGUGAACCGAGAAAAAGAGGGAGAUAGAUUCCAGGCCCACUCCAAGCUGGAUAAUCGAAGGCUGCUGUGGCAUGGCACCAAUGUGGCCGUGGUGGCUGCUAUCCUCACCAGUGGGCUCCGCAUCAUGCCACAUUCUGGUGGCCGUGUUGGCAAGGGCAUCUACUUCGCCUCAGAGAACAGCAAGUCAGCUUGCUAUGUUACUCCUAUGCGCUAUGGGUCCAAACAAGUGGGCUAUAUGUUCCUGGGCGAGGUGGCCCUGGGUAAAGAGUACCACAUCACCAUCGAUGAUCCCAGCUUGACGUGUCCACCCAAUGGCUUCGACAGUGUCAUCGCCCGAGGCCACACAGAGCCUGAUCCAACCCAGGACACUGAGCUGGAGCUGGAUGGCCAGCGAGUGGCAGUGCCCCAGGGCCCGCCCCUGCAAUGCCCAGAGUUCAGCAGCUCCCACUUUAGCCAGAGCGAGUACCUUAUCUACCAGGAGAGCCAGUGUCGUCUACGCUAUCUGCUGGAAAUUCACCUCUGAGCUGCCUGCCCUGUCUACCAGGUCCUGCUAGGGGCUGGACCAUGAUCUUAAAUCUUCCUCCCAUCUCUGGUACCUCCAUAUCACCCCUUCUCGACAGCCCCCAAGAAUAUAAUUCAUGCCUGGCCCACUGGCCUGUAGUUCCAGCUACUCAGGAGGCUAAAGCAGGAGGAUGGCUUGAAGCCAGGAGUGCAAGGCCAGCCUGGGUAACAUAGUGAGACCUGCACCCCUCCCCCGCAGAAAAAAUACAGUAUGGGGGCUGGGGAUGUGGCUCAAGCGGUAGCACGCGGGGCCCUGGGUUCGAUCCUCAGCACCACAUAAAAAUAAAAUAAAGAUGUUGUGCCCACCAAAAACUAAAAAAUAAAUAUUUAAAAAAUUAUCUCUCUCUUUAAAAAAAAAAUACAGUACAGUCAUGUCCCCUAUAAUAAUGUUCUGGUCAACAGUGAACUGCAUAUACUGUAAUGGCCCCAUAAGAUUAUAUUGCCUAGUGACAUUGUAGCCAUCUUAGUUUAUAUAAGCACACUCAUAAUAAUCAUACAAUCACAAAAUCACCUAAUGAUGUGUUUCUGAGUACAUGUCCUCAUCAUUAAGCAAAAAAAUGACUAUACAUUGUCAGUGCCUAUAUAAUAGAUUUUAUAGUCAAUCUCUUGAACUGAUUCCUCCUAGGUGAAUUUUGUAUCCUUUGACUCACAUCUUACCAACCUCUCUUCCCUCCAGCUUUUGACUUCUAUGAGUUCAAUUUUUUUAGAUUCCAUAUGUAAGUUAGAUCACUUGGUAUUUGUCUUUCUGUGCCUGACUUAUCUCACUUAGCUUCACAUCCUCCAAAUUCAUCCAUGUUGUAGCAAAUGACAGGGUUUCCUUCUCUUUUUUUUUUUUUUUUUUUUAAGGCAGAAUAGUAUCCUGUUAUGUGUAUA